AUGACUUCCAACAUGAGGUUAGUACAUUUGGCUGACUUAAAGCUAUUCAAGACUGGGUGGAAGGUGCAGGUGAAUGUGCUUCACACUUGGAAGAAAUACCAGACUAAGACUACUGUCAAGAAAAACCUGUUGCAUCGUUUUGAGCGGAUGAUGGUUGUCGGUGAAUGGAAUCUCAUCGAGAACUUUGCAUUGAACCAGGCGUCAGAUGUUAUUGGACGAGUUGAAAGUGUACGUGAACUGAAAACAAUCCCGGUUAUGUACAAGGACACCAGCAAGCUUGAAUUCGACUUGUGUAAUAAAAAUUCUUUCCAAACCUCUAAGGUUCUCAUAGAUCUUAACGAUCCAGAUGUCAUUGACUUCAAAAAUAGUUUACCUGCAAAUGGCGGAAAUAUUACUUUCUUGAGUAGCAAGCCACAUCAAAGGAUUUCUUAUGAUGAUGAGAGUAAUUUUGAUCAGUUUCCAAUGGUGGUUAUUGCUGAACUGAAAGAUUAUCUGGAGGUUGGAAAAUGUAAAAUCAUGUGUACUCUAUACGCGGUUGAUACAGAUUGGUCAUGGUUUUACUUGAAAGAAAAUCUCUACGGUGGUAGUAAUACAUACAAGGUCGGAAAGGUUUGGAAAGGCAAUCAGGUUUUGACUACCACCUUUGAUGAGGUGAAUGAAUCUGAAGAUGAGGGUGAUCAGAGUUUACUCAUAUCUGGCAAUCAGGCAUCACUGAUGAACACACAUAGCCAAGAGUCUUUGGAUGAUGUUUUUGGCAAUAUCAAAAAUCCUUUAUUAAAGCGUGAGCGAGAUAAUCCUAAAGAUUCAAUCGACUCAUCCUUGUCGUCUAAGAAGUCAUUUAAUAGUGUGAGUAGUGUGGAAACGACAUAUGCGAAUGAAGUAAUUGAUGAGAAUACACUGAAGAGUGAUGAUGUUUUAGUGAACGUUCUUCUUACAAGUGAAUCCAAUGAAGGUGUUGCAAAGGGACGAACUAGAGGACGUGGUGGUGGUAAAGCUGUUGGCAAAUAG